GUAAUUUGAAAUGUGGAGCAUUGUAGCGAAAACACGUAUUUCUCAAGCUAACCUAUUUUGUCAUUUGAUAAAUUACAGGUGUAAUUACGAAUAAAAUAUAAUAAAAAAAUUAUUAUAUUGUACAGAAUAAUAUUUUAAAUAAUUUUAAUAUUUUACAAUAUAAAGAUUUGUGUAAUUUAUGAAUAAUAAAAUAUGAAACGGUUAACAGAAGAGAAGACGAAACUUGUUUUAGAAAAAUUAACAAAGUACAUUGGAACCAAUGUAAAAUUAUUACUUGAUCGACCAGAUGGUGUCUAUUGUUUUCGAGAAAGAAAAGGCAGAGUAUAUUAUGUUUCUGAAAAGAUCUUAUCAUUAGCAAGUGUGGUAAAUCCAGAUAAACUGGCAAGUAUUGGAACAUGUUUUGGGAAAUUUACAAAAUCUGGGAAAUUUAGACUACAUAUUACUGCAUUAUAUCAUUUAGCUCCUUAUGCACAGCAUAAAAUUUGGGUGAAACCAUCAGCUGAACAACAGUUUAUCUAUGGACAUCACAUUUCCAAGUCUGGUUUAAGUCGAAUUACAGAAAAUACUCCUCAAUAUCAAGGAGUUGUUAUUUUUUCCACAAACAAUAUUCCACUGGGAUUUGGUGUCACAGCCAAAAGUACAAUGGAUUGCAAAUAUGCAGAUCCAAUGGCAACAAUAUGUUUUCAUCAAGCUGACGUAGGAGAAUAUAUUCGAUCAGAAGAUUCUUUAAUAUAAAAAUAUCUUAUAAAGACAUUAUAUUUAAUUUUGCUAAAUAAAUAAAUAUAUUUAAAAAGUAUCAACAGUAAA